AUGGAGAACAGACAUGCACCCCCUGGAGUUAACUCUCGCUCAGAAACUGUGGCACAAUCAGCUGCUGAUCUAGAGGUACUAAAAGAGAUAGAACAUAUCUAUUUCUCCCCUCCCUCCGAGUUUGAUGCAGCUAGAUAUGUUUUGGAACAUGCACCGUCUCCACCAGACUGUGAGGCUAUUGAGCGCAUGUUUAGUAAAUUGAAAAGACAACAACAGGUUGUAUCAGGCAAAGCUCUACAUUUAAUCUCCCAACAACGCGAUAAUUGUGAUCGGGAAUUCGCUGAAAUACAAACUAUUCGCGCACAACUCUCAGAAACUUUGGAUACUUGUAAAAAAGCGAGGGAACGUUUAAAAACUGCGUCCAAUCAUCUCACUAUAUCCACUAUUGUCAUACUGGCUAACGUUAGAAAGAGACAGAUAAUAAAAUCAGUGUUGAAGUCACUGCAAUUAUUGCAGAAUUUGCGAAGUGUAGAAAAGGAUGUUGGGGAUUUGUUGGCUAAAAAGGAAUAUUUUGAAGCGAUCGAACUUAUUUUGAAGAGUAAAAAAGCUGCGGCUGCUCAUAAAGAGUUUACAUGUAUAGCUGAUCUUUCCACUAGAUUGCAGGAUACUCUGGAUAUGACUGAAGAGAAACUAGAUUCGGUUUUAGCGAAAAUCUGCUACAAUUUUGAUGAAGAUACGUUUAGGAAGCUAAAAAAAGCGUAUACUCUUUUGGGUAAAACUCAAGCGGCUAUGGAACAGUUACACAUGCACUACUCGUCAGCAGUGAAUGAAUCUGCUUUAGAAGCGGUCAAACCGUAUCUAAAUGAUGUUUCGAUUGAGAUGAAGUUUCAAGAGAUGUGUCAGUCUGUUCCGACAACAAAAGCGCCAGAUUGUUUGCUUAAUCUGUGCGAAAAUUUAUUUUUGGUCAUGCGAAGUUACUAUUUAUUGGUAAAUUGGCACAUGAAGAAUGAAGAAGCUGUACCUAAUUCUAGCAACGUUUUCGAUAUCGAAAAGAAUGUCAGUCGAGAAUAUAUCAAGCAAAAAUUAAAGGCGGGGUUAAUAAGAAUAUGGCACGAUGUCUUAGCGAAAGUGUCGACGUUUCUAAAAAGGUCCGGAUUAGAAGAGUUUCCCUUCGAAAAGUUCAUUCAAAUGUUGGGAAUUUUGAGGAAAUUGACGCAAGUGGCUGAAAUAUUUUGCGGGGAUAAAUCAGAUUUUCUUCAAGACUUUAUCAAGACUCAGAGCGUGUCGUAUAUAAAAAACUAUCAUAGAGGCAGAAUGGAAGAGUUAAAAUUGUUUCUAGAGAACGAGGGAUGGGAACAGUGUCCGGUUAAAUCGACAUUUAACGUUCUAAAUCUGCAAGAAUUUAGGCAGUUCAAAAAAUAUUUGAAUCCGUCUAAAAAUGAUGUUGCGAAAACGCAAUCUGAUACGACAUCGUCAGUUCCAUCUCUAGACGACAGUGUGUACAUAUCUAAAUAUUUCACCCAAAAAACAUCACGUACACCCUUCGAGAUAUUUAGAAAUGAAAACGUGACUAACGACGAUAUUUUUGGCAUAGAGCACGAAUCGGAUGCGAGUGACGAAUCAGACGACGAACCAGACGAAUUAAGACAAGAUUUCGUCGAAGAUACAGACGGACACGACUAUUCUACGACCAAUGACGUUCCAACGAGUCCCUCUAAAAUUAAAGAGAGUGUGAUCGUAACUAACACGACGUUAUCCGUUCUAAGAAAUUGCGGGCAAUACCUUCAAAUUAGCAGAUAUUUGCCCCAAAUAUCUUUAGAAGUCAUUCUCUUAAUGAAUCAACUGUUCGACUACUAUUUUUACGCGGUCCAUUUAUUUUUCACGUCAGACUUAGACGUUGCUUCGUCAACUUUAUACAGUCCAAAGUUAAAUUUAGUCCUCAAAAGAGUAUCUAACAGCCUAAAUUCUGAAGAAAACGCGAGUUACGAGUAUCCGAAUGUUCCGAAUCAUUUGGAUAUGAACACUGAAGUGAAUUUACAUGGUUUGAGUGAGAGAAUUGUUGGUGUUGAGAGUGUCAUCUUCUUAGCGAAGCAGUUUGAACUCCUCCAUCCAUAUUUAGAAUCUAUAGUGACUACUCAACAGCGAAUAAUUUUGGACCAUUUCAAAGAUAAUACGUUAGCAACCGUAUCAGAUUUGAGAAUGCCAGUUUACAUGUGCUCAGCAUCCAAGGCUGUAGAUGCUAGAUCUUCCCUCAUAGCAAUGUCUCAGGUUCGAUGGGACGUUAAAAACGUUGCAGUGGAUCACAGUCCUUACGUAGACAUGAUAGUCCGAAAGAUCCAAGUUUUUGCCCUUCGCUUAGAGAACAUAUCUUCAAGAGUUACAUUAAAUUUAGAAGUGAUCAAUUCAAUUUGGGCGAUGGUCUCCAAAUUUGUGGUCCAUUUGCUAGUCGAGGGCUUCUCCAAUGCGACGAAAUGCACAAACGGUGGUAGGGGGCUAAUGCAGUUAGAUUAUAGGCAGUUAUUUAUCAAACUGGAAAAGAUUUCUGGCUUAAAACCAGUUCCGUUUCAAGAAUACGUGGAUAGAUAUGUCAAAGCGUACUAUUUGCCCAGAAACGAAUUAGAAACUUUUGUCAAAGAAAGAGUUGAGUAUUCUAACAAACAUCUCUUAGCGUUAGUAUCUUGUGCCUGCGAAAACAAAAAGGAUAGGCAAGCGUUGAGUGCUAUUAUCGAGGGCAGAGAAGCUUCUAGC